AUGUCGGCUUCAACUUCGUUCCCAUCCCUUUCACAAACAGGUCGAGCGUUUCCUUUGCCUUCCAUAUCAGAAGAUACAUUGCAUUAUACGCUGCAUUUAUCGUCGAGGUACGAACCGACCUCCACGGCAUUACUGUUGAACCAAUAUGUAGAGUCGCUGCUCACCCUACCAUGGUUGUGGAACAAGGAUUCAUGGGAACUGAAAGUGAUACCUUCAGUGGGAUCAGAAGGGAAGUUGGAAGGUACCAUGAGAGUAGGUGAUGCUGUUGAUGAUGAAUGGUUGGUGGUUUGGUUAUUGAAGAAAAUCAGUGAGAAAUGGAACGAUAUAAUCAUAGGAAUACGAGACACAGACGGGGAGUUUUUGUUGAUAGAAGCAGCGAAUGAUUUACCUUCAUGGGUUUCACCUGAAAAUGCUGAAAACAGAUUAUGGCUGCAGGGAGGACACCUUCAUCUCAUUCCGUUAUCUGUUCGAUCUACUUCUUCGAGGCCGAAACAAAUAUCAGACGAUAAAGAUAUGGAGAAACAGUUCGAUCCAGAUGCUUAUAUUAGUGAAGAAGGUGCCCUUCGAGCUGUCAGGACCGGAAAGUAUAAGGCGGAUGAUAAAAUGGAAAGAUCUGUUUGGAGUAGGAUAUCAUGUUAUCCUGAUGGACUGAAAACACAUCAACAUCAGACAAAGGCUUAUCUACCGGUACCAAUAGCUCGGGCAUUGAAGAAAAAUCCUGAAUUGAUACAAAAGGCUGUCGAAGGGUUCUAUGUGAGAGAUCCAUCACAACUACGUACGGCUGCACGUAUGACACAUUUCCCACCUUCACCCUCGAUACUGACACCGGUAAUCUUGACUCGAGCAGCUUACGCUCAGCUCCAGGGUCAAGUGAUCCAUCCACCUCGAGUAUUCGGUCCUGAAUGGCAUGUAGCAGAUAAACCGAAUUCAGAAGGCGAAAGACGUUGGAGAGAUUUAGGUGUCAAAAUUGCUACUGGAUUCGAAAUAAUGUACCGCGAAGGAGGGAAGAAAGGUAAAAGUGGGAAUGAAGACGACGACAUAACGAAACAAGAUGAAGGUUACAAAUCAUUCCUUAUCAAUUUACAGAAAUCAGGUUGGUUUGGAGACGAAUUGGAAGGAAGUGAAAAAUGGAAAGAAAAGGAAGAAAUUGCAACUAGAGGUUACAGAAACAUCAAAUCAGCAGACACUCCAUCUCAGCGACCCUCUUUUGCUUAUCUCGUCGAUUCAGCCAUAUCCUCGUUCUCCAAUACCACCCAAGAAGAAUUAACAGUAGACCCUUUGUACCCCGAAGAUAGCGAAUCAUGGCUUGAAGUGUCUCCUGAUGAAUUGGACGGGAUGAUGAUGCGUGCUUCUGGACGUGCGGCUCCCUCAGCUUCGGCAGACGAAGAUGGAAAACUGGAAGUCGGUGAAGAGCAUGGUCAAGCAUUACAGGAUUUAGCCAAGAAAGUAGAAGAUUUCGUUGGGGGUCAAGGUGAUUUGACAGGCGCAAGAUUUGAAGAUGAACUGUCUGACGAGGACAUGAACGAAUCAGAAGAUGAUGAUGACGAAGUUGAUCAGCGAAGCGCCCUUGAAUCCGAAAGAGCAACACGUCUGAAUAACCUUGUCCCAUCCCUUCCAGCAGAAGAAUGGGGAAAGAGAACUCAAGCUCCUUCAGACAGAAAGGAAGAUGUGAAACCAAAUGCCGAGCUGAAAGAAAAGAAGGAAGUCAAAUUCAGUCAUCAAGAUGUGUUGUCAGACAAAGUGCGACCUCCUGUUUUCGCUAAACAAGAAUAUGACGGUGUAAUUUCUGAUAGUGAAUCUGAAUCUGAAUCUGAAUCAGAACUGCCUCCAGUAGGUACACUAGGAAGGAAGAUUGCUCAAAUGAAGUGGUCAGAAGGGGAUGUUACAUCUGGUGCUACGAUUGAGGAAAUUGAUGAACAAAAAGACGACGAAGAGAGGAAGCAAGCUCUAAAAUUGGACGACAACAUUGAUUUAGAUGAAGAAAUGCAAAGACGAGUAUGGGGAGACGAUGACGCUGACGAAGACGACGGCGAGGACGAUGAAGAUAUGGACAUCGAUAUGGCGGGAGAACAAGAAGAUUUCUUGAAAUUCGCUAAAGACGCUUUGGGAAUCAAUGAGGAUCUAUGGAAAGGCAUUCUAGGUGAUAGAAAAGCAAGAGGUGCUUUCGUACCCUCGCACUCAGCCUCGUCCAAGACUAAAGUAGAUGAUAUGUCAGGGUCAAAUUCUAAAGCGAAAACCACAGCAGAUCCUGAUAAGAAAGUACAAUUCGCUUCGAAUACAACCUCUACCCCUGCGAGCACCAAGAAGAACAGUGAGGGAGAUACAUCUCUUAACUCAUUCGAGUCCAUCAUGAAAGCCAUGGAUACAGAACUCUCACGCAACAAACCCGCAUCUUCCUCGAAAAAGUCAUCGAAGUCCAGUACCAAACCUAUAAUAGACAAAGCAAUACCUAUCCCAUCAUCUUCUAAUCCUCUACCACCCCUUCCGACAGAAGCGGACCUAGAGGCAAUGGAUGAAGACGAUUUAUUAGCCAUGGAUAGAGAACUGAGACAAGCCCUCAAAGGCGCAGGUAUAGAUGAUGAGGACGAUGAGGACGGUUUGGAUGUAGAGGAGGCUAGAGAAUUAGAUGAAGACGGUAAGAGAGAGUAUGAGAUGAUGAAGCAUUUCUUGGAAAGUUACAGAUCACAAGGAGGUGAAAGUGGUGUAGUAGGUAACUUGUUUGGAAGACUAGGAGAGAAGUAA